AGAUUACACUCGGGACUGGAAGGUGCUUGACGUUAUGGUUCAUAGAUCCCUUGCUGCUCGGAUUGGAUUCGUUGUUUCAUAGGUCUCUUGUGGUUUGCAUCGAUAAAAAAUGGAGUGUAAUGUUGGAUCAUCGGAUUCAUUAAGUGAACCAGUCAAUGAAAUAGGUAAUCAUCUAGAAUGUUGCUAUAUUUCACCAAUUGAGGUUGUUUGGCGCUUGCCGAAGAGAAUGGAGAUUCAUUCAGUAUCUAGGUUCUCCAAGUGUUAUGUCACGAAGAAAAGCAUCUCAGUUCACAAUGCGCCAAUGUUGCCAUCUGCAAAGCCAUCUCCAAGCAAAGAAAAGAUGAUUCAUCCAUCUACAAAAAGUAUCAAGAGUGCGAUCAUCAACGGACCAAAGGACUCAAACAACAUUACACCACCCUCUUGCCAACCUGCGGCUAUUGUCAUCGAGAAAAAACAAAAUAUGUACUCUUUAGAUAAAAGGAGCAUUCAACUUACAGAAGGCGAAACCACCAACAAAGAUAUCAUUGUGCAAUCAGGCCAAGCAAGGGAAACAUAACAUCAUUAAGAUGCAUGCAAGCAUCAGAAUAAAGUUGCAAAAAUAAAGUUGUUUUUCAACAUGCAGGACAUCGUCAAAGAUGCAUCCAAGAACCAAGAUGCAUGCAAGAACCUACCAGCUGCACAUCCUUUCUACCUAAACUUAGUAUAUAUGUUCCAGUUCCAGUGACGUGUGGUACAGACAUAAGUAAAUGCCAUGUCAA